UACCUUUAUCUCUUCUAUUCUGCCAUUGAGUGUUAAUGAUAGUUUUUAUUCAAUUAUAUUCUGGUUACAGUUAACAUGAACAGUGAAUAUUAUUUUUAGGAUAGAAACUCAUAAUGAAGCAUGUAUCAGUGAUAUAUUUCCUAACGGUGAUGUACUAUGUAAGAUCAAAUGUUGUGGAUACUAUGAAACAACAAAGGCAACUCACCAGUCAGUCAGAUUUCAGCCAUCCCUGUGUGAGAGAAUGUAUCUAUGGAGCCAAUAUGGUCUGCUACUACACAUUCAUAGUGGACUGGUACACCAGCAUGAGUGUGCAGUGUGGCGACUGUCCUUUCACCACUACAGCCUGCUCCAAUCCUGGCUGUAUCGUGGGUGGUGGCAUCGUACGUCCUGUUGUAUCCACCAACCGUAGAAUUCCUGGCCCAGCUAUUUCUGUGUGUGAGAACGACACAGUGAUAGUAGAUGUGACCAACGCCAUGGACAAAGAGCUGCUGACCAUCCACUGGCACGGGGUGCAUCAGGUGGGCUCUCCCUUCAUGGACGGUGGCCCUUAUGUGACCCAGUGUCCUCUUACUCCGGGUGACUCCUUCCGUUACCAGUUUCUGGCCUCCCCACAUGGCACUCAUAUGUGGCACGGACAUAUUGGUUACCAUGAUUCCAGUGGACUAUUUGGGUCUUUGGUUGUGCGACGACAGGAGCCAGACUACAUCAGUUCUCUGUAUGACUAUGAUUUGCCCGAACACACAAUCGUAGCAUGGCACUGGUAUAACCAGACAGAUCGAAAUGUUCUUUCUUCAGUGCUUCACACAGGCCACGAGAUGAUGGGGUUUGGCUUAUUGAUCAAUGGUUAUGCUGCAUUAAAAAAGUUUCCUUUAAAAACAAAUUCAUCAGACUUCGUUUCAACUCCUAGAGCAAAAUUCUUUGUUAACCAAGGGAAGAGAUACAGAUUCCGGUUAUUAGCCAACAGUGUGAUUUAUUGCCCGUUCCAAAUCUCCAUAGACAACCAUACACUUCUUGUGAUUUCUGGGGACACGGAUUCCUUCCAGCCUCUGCCAGUUGAUUCGCUGAUGGUGAAUGCCGGAGAAAGAUUCAGUUUUGUGGUGGAAGCGAACCAGACACCAGGGUGCUACUGGAUGAGAUUCAGAGGCUUGGGUCACUGUGGACCAAUGAUGGCACAGGCACAUGGAGAAGCUUCAGUUUGUUAUCAUGGAGCAAUAUCUGAGCUGACAGACAAUCCUACAUACAGCCAGGGGAAAAGGCUAGGCAGGAUGUUAAACCCUGUUUUCAAUGAUGAAGAUUACUCCGAAGUUGAACAGAUUUCAUUAAGUGAUCUAACGGGUCUAGAAGUAGAGAAGUACAGCUACAGCGGUCCUCCUAAUGUAACUAUUUACCUGGAACUCAAUGCCAAAUAUUAUAAUGAAACGGACGGCCCAGGCCCAUGGCCUCAAUUUAACAACAUCAGUUUUGAGUUUCCGCCCUUCAGCAUGCUGACCCAGCGCGACAUGAUGAAUGCCAGUGUUAUCUGUGACGGAGUUCCCAACUCCCACCAUUGCAUCGGCACGUUCUGCAGCUGUACUGUCACAAAGAAAGUGCCUCUCAAUGCCCUAGUUGAAAUUGUAAUGGUGGAUGUAGGUGUGGUCCAGCGCCAGUACCAUCCCAUCCACUUACACGGUCACAAGUUCUAUGUGGUGGCGAUGGCUUCUCUCUCUGGUGACGUCAGUCUGGAAUAUGUGCGAAAUCUGAAUGAAGGAAACCAGAUUAGAAAAAAGUUAUCUAAAGCUCCUGCUAAAGAUACUGUGUCAGUUCCUAACAACGGCUACACCAUCAUUCGCUUCAAGGCUGAUAACCCAGGAUUCUGGCUGUUUCAUUGCCACAUCACUCACCACCUGGUCCUUGGCAUGGCCAUGGUACUGCAGGUGGGAGAGCUCAGUGAGAUGGCAGAGACUCCUCCCAAUUUUCCUUCUUGCAGGAGUUCUCUUUAUGAUCCCAUAGCUCAAGAACUGCAAAAUCCAUUGCGAUCUAGUGUCCGACAAACCGACCUUCUCUCAUGCAUUUUGGCUUCUCUGCUAAUAGGAGUCAUAAGUGUUAAUUUGUCAUAAAAUUCUCCAUUACAUUAUUGUGAUUCUUAAUAUUUACUAUAAUGUAUACAUUUCUAAAUCCAUGCAAGUUUAUAAUAUGUUUUUGUUUUGCUAGAAGGAGACAACAAAACUUUGUAAUAAAGUAAAUUAUAUUGUUGGAGACAAGA